AUGCCAGACCCCUCCUCGAGCCAUGAUGUUGAAGCAAUCGAACCAAACAAGAUCAAAGCCCCUGGACCAGAUUUAUCUUCAGCUACUAUAUCCACCUCUGAUACUAAGGAUGAAAAUGCUUUAACUGAGACUUUAAUUGCAGGGGAAGCCAAAUACAACCGUCUUCCAUGGCACCAGCUCACACUUAUGUUGAUAGUGGAAGCAAUUGCCUUAGGAUCCUUGUCAAUCCCUUCAGCAUUUGCAACACUGGGUAUGAUUGCCGGGGUCAUAUGCUGCGUCGGUGUUGGCUUGAUCGCAAUUUACACAUCAUACAUGAUCGGUCAAGUCAAGCUGGCCAACCCGUCCGUACAUCACUAUGGUGAUGCUGGCACAUUGAUGAUGGGCCGAUUCGGCUACGAGCUUUUCACGAUCAUGUUCCUGCUCCAGCUUAUCUUUGUGAUAGGCUCGCAUUGCCUCACAGGGUCUAUAGCGCUUGUACAUAUCACCACCAGUGGUAUUUGCUCGCUUGUGUUUGGUAUCGUGUCCGCGGUUAUUCUGUUUCUUUUGGCGGUUCCCUCCUCCUUUGCCGAUGCAGCAACCCUCGGCUAUAUUGACUUCGCCUCUGUCAUUAUUGCGAUUGAAAUCGCAAUCAUUUCGACUGGGACUCAAGCAACAAAUGCACCCGGUGGCUUAGCAGCCGUGAGCUGGUCCGCUCUGCCGAAAGAGAAUUUGACAUUCUCGGAAACGUAUGUUGCCAUCGGAAAUAUUGUUUUUGCCUAUUCAUUUGCUACAUGUCAGUUUUCUUUCAUGGACGAAAUGCAUACCCCCCGGGAAUUUACAAAGUCUAUUUUGUCUCUGGGAAUACUCGAAAUUGCCAUAUAUACCAUCACCGGCGCAACUAUCUAUGCCUUUGUCGGCUUAGAUGUCCAGUCUCCAGCAUUGCUCUCAGCUGACAACACAGUUAGCAGAGUCGCCUUUGGUAUCGCUCUUCCUGUCAUCUUCAUAUCAGGCUCUAUCAACACAAUCGUGGCUGGACGCUUGAUACUCAGCCGCGCGUUUAAGAACAGUGUGGUUCGAUAUGUCAAUACAGCCAAAGGAUGGGCUGUGUGGCUUAUGCUUAUAUCAUGCGUUACCAUUGUUGCAUGGGUUCUUGCUGAGGCUAUCCCGUUCUUUAAUGAUUUGAUUGGAAAUACGUCUGCUUUGUUCACUUCUGGGUUCUCUUUUUAUAUCCCACCCAUCAUGUGGUUCGUACUCAUUCGCAAGGGGAAGUGGUAUUCCAAGGAGAAUAUACUUCUAGCUGCUAUCAAUGCCUUUGUGUUCAUUUUUGGUGUGGCGGUGUUGGUCUGUGGGCUAUAUUCUACAAUCGAAGAUAUUGUGAGUACCCCUUCCCAUCUUCUCUUUUAUUCAAAAGGGGACUCGCUGACGGAAAUCUACAGCGCAAAGAAUAUCACGAAGGCAGUGUUAGACGCCCUUUCAGUUGCGUUACGCCUUAGUCGAGGUACGAAGAACAAUCAAAGGAAUACGUAUUUGGAUAGUUGGUGA